AUGGAUGGUGAUGAAAUCAAAAAUUUCAUCAAGGUAUGGAUCAUAGCCAUUGCAUCUCAAUGUUAUUGUUAUUACGUAGCAGCAAGAAUCCCAACAAAGAGCAUGAUGAGGCUCAUCUCUCUCCUCCCAAUCUUGUACCUACUUCUCAUGCUCCCCUUGAACCUCCACUCGAUCCAUCUUGGUGCCCCCUCAGCCUUCUUUCUUGGUUGUCUUGCCAUCUUCAAACUCCUCCUCUUCUCCUUUGACUCUGGUCCUCUAUCACCGCCCCCAAAAGGACUUCUCCCCUUCAUUUCAAUAGCUCUUCUUCCCAUCAACAUUAAGAGACUCAUCCCCAAAAGGCCUCGCUACGGUUACACUAUCACAAAAUUGGUGCCAAACAAGACCGCUUUGUGGGCAUUGAAGGUCUUGCUUUUGGGUGAAAUAAUUCAUGCACGCAAGGAUUAUAGACAGAAUUUACAUCCCUAUCUACUCACAUCCUUGUCCCUUUCCCACCUCUACCUUGGUCUAGAAAUAGGCUUUGCUCUGAGUGUAGCCUUGCCUCAAGCCAUGUUUGGGUUCGAACUCGAGCCACACUUCAACGAGCCUUACUUUUCCACUUCUCUUCAGGACUUUUGGGGCCGUAGAUGGAACCUUGCAGUCUCAAACACUCUACGCCCCCUUGUAUACCAUCCCAUAAGGCAUAUAUCUACAGGCAAGAGCGAAGCCAUCUACGAGCCAAUAGAUACCUCAAAACCUCCGCGGGCUCCAGUUCUGCCGGUCAUCUCUGCUUUCACCAUCUCGGGUCUAAUGCACGAGCUCUUCUUUUACUACGUCACUCGUGCGCAUCCCACGGGGGAAAUGAUGUGCUUCUUUGUCCUACAAGGUGUGUGCUUGGCAAUUGAACUAGAGGUGAAGAAGGCGUUGGCUCAUAGGGUACGGUUUCACCCGCUAGUUUCAGGGCUGUUGACGUUGGUGUUUUUGAUUGUCACUACUGAUUGGCUUCUUUUCCCUCACAUAAUCAGAACUGGUGCGGAUGCAAAGAGUUUAGAAGAGUGUGUCAGUAUGGUGGAUUUUGUGAAGGCCAACAUUUCCCCAUUGUAUUAUUGGCAGAAGAGUUAG